AGUCAAACCUUAUCUUACAACUAUAUCAAAUCACAAGAAAUAAGUCACACAUACCACCAAAGACGAGAAAAAAAUUGUCAAGUUCAUAACUGACGGAGAAAAUUUGGUUCUUAUAAUAAAAAACGGAGUAGACAGUUAUGUGGCAGUGAUCAGCAUGUCACGGCGUCACAAGACACCGCCGGCACAAACCCUCGGCAUCCUCGCCUUCGAGGCCGGCAAGACCAUGUGCCGCCUUGUUUCCCUCUACAACUCCCUCUCCGACGAACAGACCACCAAUCUCCGCCGUGAGGUAAUCAAGUCCAAGGGCGUAUCUUACCUGAACUCCGACCAAGAAUGCUUCCUCCUCAACCUUGCCUCCGCCGAGCGCCUCCAGGACCUCGAUGCUGCCGCCUCCACCGUCUCCCGCUUAGGCCGAAAAUGCUCAGACAUAAGCCUCUCUCAAUUUGACCGUGUGUAUGCCGACCUCAAGCUCGGCCACAUCAACCUCUGCAAGCUGCAGUAUGGCUCCCGGACCGCCGGCAAACUCGUCAACAAAACAAAGAAGCUAGUCUUCGCUACCGCGGCCCUUCACUCCGCCAUGUCAUCCAUGGCGGAGAUGGAGGCCGCGGAUAAGAAGAUUCAGCAACGCUGCAAGACCGCCACCAACGAAUAUCUCAGCGAGAAGAUAGCGUUUCAGAGGAAGGAAGUGCAGCAUUACAAGGAAACAUCAUUGUGGGAGCAAACAUUUGACAAAACGGUUGGAAUCAUGGCUAGGCUCGUCUGCAUUGUAUAUUCCAGAAUAUGCUCUGUUUUCGGAUCCUACAACGAUGGUUUUUGCCUCCUUGAACACCGCGAGCUGUAUAAAAUGAUGCAGGAAUCAGUUCACAAGCGCGUGACAAAAUUUGCAGCUGUGACUGGCAAUGGUGGUGAUAAGGUUUUGGGGCUGGCGCCACCGUCUACAGUAGGCGGGGCGGGGCUUUCAGUAAGGUACGCGGAGGUGAUACUGUUUGCGGAGCGGUGGCUGCACGCGCCGGAGACGGUGGGAGAGGGGGCGCGGGAGGUGUUGUAUGAGAUGCUGCCGGAGAGGUUGAGGGGGAAGGUGAGGGCGAAGCUAAGGGGGAGAUUGGUGGAGGAGGAGGGGGUAUUGCUGGCGGAUGGAUGGCGGGAGGCGGUGGAGGAGCUGAUGGAGUGGCUGUCGCCGGUUGCGCAGGACACCGUGCAGUGGCAGGCUGAGAGGCAUUUGGAGACGGCGCAGUUCGAGACGAGGCCGACGGUGCUGCGGAUGCAGACGCUGCAUUACUCGGACUUGGAGAAGGCGGAGGCGGCGAUUGUGGAGGUGUUGGUGGGGUUGAGUUGUAUAUAUUGGUGUGAGAGACGGUGAUCUAGUACUAGUAGUGUAGCUAGUAAGAUAGAAGAUUAGAAAGGUUUAGCUGUUUGGUAGUGAGAGUGGGAAAUUCAAAUUAGAAAUUUAGAAUAGAAGAAGGAAAAAAAGUACAAUGCGUAUAAGAUAUGAUUAGAAAAAUAACAGGAAAAAAAUCCGAGAUGGAGAAUAUGGACAAGAGAAAGAGGAUGUGGAAAUUUUAGACUUCACCAAAAAAAUUGAGAGGAAAAAACAUUGAUGGAGAGGGAAAAUAUGGGGAUUUUUUACGAUUACAAUUUUAGUGUGAAAGAUUUCAUACAAAAUCUCUAAAGUUAUGAAACAAGUAUUAAGGGGCACCUCAUUCAGAUGAUUAAGGGGUAUGAUUAAGAGUGAAAAUUACCUUUUCAAUUAUUCUUUUGAUAUAUUUACAAGUGUUUUUUU